AUGCGAAGUGGGUCAGGAACAGGAACAGCCUCAUUCGAAGCCUUUCUGGAAGGCUGGCUUGUACGCCAAGAACAUUACCUCGAUGAGCUUCUCUCGGCUCGGCAACAUUGCCACGAAAUCAGAGACGAAGACCUCAAAGAUUUGGUUUGCCGCAUCCUCGCACACUACCAAGAAUACUACGAAGAAAAAUCGAUGGUCGCUCAGAUGGACGUCUUCCUCGUGUUCUCUCCCACAUGGUUCACCUCCUUCGAGCGCACCUUCCUCUGGAUCGCCGGUUUCAAACCCGGUUUGGCAUUCCGCCUCAUUAGCAACUCGGUGGAUGACUUGUCCGAGGACCAGCACCAGAGAAUGAAUAGGUUGAUGGAGGAGACGAAGGUGGAGGAACGGGCGCUCAACCAUGAGCUGGCAAAGAUUCAGGAGAGAGUGGCGGCACCACCGUUACUGGAGAUUCUGAGGCGUGGGAGGCGGUCAAUCGAUGGGGAAAUAAGGGAGGAGGACAAUGUGUUCGCGGCAUGGAGGUCGGCAUUGGACUCAGUGGUGGCCAAUGCUGAUGCUCUGAGGACGAACACGGCGGUGAAAGUAGUGGAGAUACUCAGUCCAGCUCAAAGCGUCAGGUUCUUAGCCGCAGUUUCUGAGCUUCAGCUCAGGAUUAGGAGUUGGGGCUUGCAGAGAGAAGCUGAAGCACAAGAAUAAAUUGGGAAUGAAUGAGUGAUGGCUAUAUAGUUAAGUGAGAACCUGAACUCUCUCUCUCUCUCUAUCUCUCUGUUUCUCUCCUAAGCAGUACUGCUAACCUACUUUUAUGAAUGAAUUUAUGUUUGUCA